CACACACACAUAACCACACAUGCACUUCCUCACACAUUCACAGACAUACACUGCCACGCCAAAAGACGAAUCUAACUUUGUGCGGAUUGUCCCUAGACCUUUAGCGUUAAAAUAUCAAAUAUGAAAGUUGUGGUGUAUUACUCCAGUGUGACCGGGACCCUUGAGAUGAAGAAACGACAGCAAAGGAUUUUCUUCGUACUGGAGAGCAAGAAUAUCCCCUUCGAGACUGUGGACGUCGCUGUGGAUGAUGGCAAGGAAGAGAUGAGGAGGAAAAUGCAGGACCCGACUGCAGUGCCCCCUCAAAUAUUUAAUGGGGACACCUACUGUGGAGACUUUGACAGUUUUGAUAAUGCAGUGGAGAUGGAACAAUUAGAGGCUUUCCUCAAGCUCUAAAAGGGAUGGUGAAACCGCAAUCAAAUCACAAUGCUGAGUGCCUUUGAAAUACACUGAAAAAAAUAAAUAUUAUAUAGUAUUACAUAAUUUUCUACUUUAUUUUGUUUUAUUUCACGUGUCACAGAGGUAACAGUGUUACUGAUCAGUGCAUGGUGGCUAAUUAAAAAAUGAUGGCCUCUCUUGUCUUGUCUUCCUCUUGCUUUAGGCAUGUAACAGACAAAAAGGUUUUGCACAGAUGUUUAGGCAAUGUCUGUAUUUCAUAUUAAAAUAAUUAUCCCACACCUGAUGAAAUCUGAGCAUGGCGCAUUGGUGCAUGUGCACAGGACUUGAUGGGCACUGAGGUACCAACACUUCCUUGAGCUGAUUGGUUGUUUGACUCGCAGCAAACGGAUUUUAACAGCAGGGAUUACAGCCCCAGCAGCAGCCUUGAAGAAUGGAUUAUAUUUUAGCUCUGACCUUCACUGUGUAAUGGUGUUUUGUCAAAAUUGUGUAAGAAAAAAGUGAAGCUACACAAGCUUUAAAUGUAGUUACGUAAUGCUGUUCAGUAACAUGGAUUUUCCAGUAAGUAACUGAAAAUGUGAUCGACAAAUUGGCUGAGGAAACCAUUAAAAAUGUGCUAUUUGAUU